AGAGGUGAGCAGCUUCUGAGCUCAAACAGGAGCAGUCUUCUCUGCUUAGGGCUUGUAAAAUUCCCUCAGGACCAGCGCUCGUAUACAAUUUCUCCACCUGAAGACAGGCAGCCAAUCGGCAGGCUCAGUGACUGAGACAAAGUCCUCUUCGCUGAGUCAUUGAACUCUCCUUUGCCCCCACCCCACCCCUGUCUGAAUGGUUUAAUGUUACGCCCUCUGUGAGGCUUUACCUGUCCAGGUGAGCUGCUUUGCUGAAAGUGAACGUCGCUCAUGAAGCCAUUUCCCCACACAUCUCUGUUGCUGAUUACUUCCUCCCUGGAUCCAACAACACAACCUGAGUCCAAAUGAGUAUCCAGGAGGAAAGUAUACAGCCUGAAGUUGCCAUGGAGAUGGCCGGAGCAUCUGCUCCACCCCUUUCCCCCUCAGACUUUAGACUGUCUCCGCCCCCUAACCUGUGCACCUCGUGUGGCCACAGCCACCAGCUGGAGGAGAACCACGAGUACCUUUACAAAGACGAGGUGGACGACGACCUCAUCUGUCACAUCUGUCUGCAGGCGCUCAUCCGCCCCCUUGACACGCCCUGCGGACAUACCUACUGCGGGGAGUGUCUCACCAACUUCCUGCUGGAGAGCGACUUCUGCCCAGUGUGUCGCACGGCCCUCAUGCUGCAGAGCUGCAGGAAGCCCAGCCUGCUGGUUCACAAGCUGCUGGACAAGCUGGCUGUGGCUUGCCCCUUCACUGACCAUUGCACUGAAACUCUGGCCCGUGGUGAACUGGAAGACCACAUCAAGAACAGGUGUAAAGGAGCCUCUCACUAUGGGCUCUCAGCAGACAGGAAGCGACGCUCGCAGGAGGGCGAAUGCACCGACAGCACGUCAGAACUCACCAUCGCCACGCUGCCCAAUGACGGCCCCGCCUCGGCCGCCGUGGCCCUCCUGUCAGACGAGCCCGGUCUGGUCAACCCCGCCUUCGACCCCAGCAUGGAGGACAACAGUCAGUCGGGCAGCACGACCAGCCUGGCCGCCCGCAGCAGCUCCAAGAAGAGUGAGUUCCGAAACUUUGACCGUUCCACGGUGAGGAGCCGUUCCUUCAGGAGGUUGAACCGGGCGUUCAGUGUCCUGCGGAGGACAAAGAGCGGCAACGCCGUGAGCAACGAGACGUCUGAGGAGAGAGACAAUGCCAGAAAUUCCAAUGUGCCACAGGAAGUGCUGGCUCUUCCUCAGCUGCACCACCUGAUCCCUGACGGAGAACUCACCAGUAUUAAGAUCACGCGGAUGGUUCCCACAGAACCGCUGGCCAUCAGCAUCGUCGGCGGCAAUGAGACCCCCUUGGUCCGCAUCCUCAUCCAGGACAUUUACAGAGAAGGUGUCAUUGCCCGGGAUGGACGCCUGCUGCCUGGGGACAUGAUCCUGAAGGUAAACGGCAUUGACAUCAGCAACGUACCCCACUGCUACGCCGUGGCAACGCUCAAGCAGCCCUGCCAGCUCCUCCGGCUGACCGUUCUCAGAGAACAGCGUUACCGCUACCGCUCGCACAGCCACCCACACGGCCACGGGAACGGCCACGAUGCCGCCGGGGGCCACCCGUCUCACGGCCUACCCCACCAUCCUAUCAGGGAUGAUAGCAUCCACGUGGUCCUGAAUAAAUCCACUCCAGAUGAGCAGCUGGGCAUUAAGCUAGUGAGGCGGCCGGAGGAGCACGGCGUCUUCGUCUUCCACCUGCUGGAGGGCGGCCUGGCAGCGCGUGACGGACAGCUGUGCGUUGGCGACCGCGUGCUGGCCAUCAACGGGCACGAUCUACGUUACGGAGCACCGGAACACGCUGCUCUGCUCAUCCAGGCAAGCGAGGAGGGUGUCCACUUCAUCGUGUCUCGUCAGAUCUGCCUGCCAACCUCAGACAUCUUACAAGAAGCUCCGUGGGGCAUGGACGGACCCCCACCAUAUUCCCCUGUGGAUAUAGAGCAAACACUGCUGGACUCUUGUCAGAAGCCUGCAUGCUAUGAGAAGACAGUUACUCUGACUAAGGAGCCGUAUGACUCCCUGGGUAUGACGGUGGCGGGUGGCAUGUCCAGCCGAGGGUGGGACCUCCCUAUUUACGUCACUAACGUGGACUCUGACGGAGUGGUGGGACAGGAGGGCUCCAUCCGCAAAGGUGACAUCUUGUUGAACGUGAACGGGGUGAACUUGACGGGGGUGACGCGAGGCGAAGCCGUGGCCAACUUGAAGAACACCUCGUCUCCUGUUGUGCUCAAGGUCUUGGAGAUGCGUCCUCCGGAGGAAAGCCUGCAGGAGUGCACAAUGCCGCCCUGUCUCACGCCCUCACCCACGGACAGCACCAAGAGCCCAGUGCCCAAUGACGAUCACUCGCCCCUGUGGGUGUCAUGGCUGCAGCUACCCAGGCAUCUCUACUGCUGCAAAGACAUUGUCUUGCGGCGGAGCACUUCGGGCAGCCUGGGCUUCAGUAUCGUGGGCGGUCAGGAAGAGGUCAACUGCAAUCAAUCCUUUUUUAUCCGCUCCAUCGUGGAGGGGACGCCGGCCUACAACGAUGGCAGGAUAAGGUGUGGGGACAUCUUGCUGGAGGUGAACGGGACGAGUACAUGGGGAAUGACCCACACAGCGCUGGUGCGCCUUCUAAAGGAGCUUCGGGGCAGAAUCACCCUGACCAUCGUCUCGUGGCCGGGCAGCCUGCUGUAGCAGCGCCCCAAGCCAUCAGGCGCUGCUUCACUGGCACUGACCAAGGAAUGUGGAAAGCAGAGCUUGAGACUGGCUGACCACCCUAAGCUUGUUGUGUGGAUGAAGCUUAGAAUAGUGCUAUAGCUGUAUGGACAUCUCACUUCUGAUGGACAGCUGAGACUUUGCCAGGAGUUUGAAGAGGGACAAACAUGAGACUGGAUUGUUACCAGAGGUUAACUUGCCCCCUCCAGGAAUGCUCAACAGGGAAAAUCCAGGCCUGAGACACUUCUGUUAUCUGUUUGAAGGACAUGAUCAUUCUCUGGCACAGCAUCCAGUGAGUGGGGUGGGCGGAUCGAGAAGACACACGACACAUUGCCAAUUCCAGUAGUUAUAUAUUAGGGUAUGCGUUAAGUUGGACUCACAUUUCUUUACUGUAAAUGUUGGGUGUCUAAAAAAGUACCGAUCCAAGCACUUGUAAUACGUUUCUUUUGUUUGUUUGUGGUAUGGCCUUUAAAUAUAGGCUCCAUUCUGUUUGUACUGACAGUAGUUGUCAUCUUCAUUUGUUGACCUGAAGACACAUUGCCAAGUAGUAGUCUGUGUUGAGUUUUUUUUAUAUUUUAUUUCAGAAGCUAUGGCUAAAUUAUCAAACCACUGGCAAUAAUAAUAAAAAAUAUAUAUAAAAAGAAAAUAAUGGAUCAAUGUGUUAUAAAAAAUAUUUAAUUAGGUGACAUUGUGGAGGCCUUACUAAUUUUCUUACUUUUAAGAAGAAAAAAAACUGACUUGGUUUCUGUGUAUCAGUGGAUGGUCUGAGGCCCAUCUGCUGUGGUUCUGUCUGUUGCGCUUCGGCCUGUGUAGUAUAUCUGAUGGUACAUUUGGUUAAAUGAUCAAUAAAGUCAUUUGAAAAAGA